CGGAGGGACGCGAGGGGGGCAGGAGACAGCGCGUUAGAGACCUGGACGAGGGAGGCUCAGAGGGAGGCGCAGCUGGUGGGGGCGGUGUGGAAGCCGAGGCACGACCCCGAGCAAGGAGAGGCAGAGACGGAGAACGCCCCUGGCCCGAGACACCCCACCCCCGCCUCCCUUGGGGAGACUCCCAGUAGGGACCUGGGCAGAGAGACGCCUUCAGGGCCAGAAACCCUGGGAGGCAAAUACCCCUGGGAGAUAUUUCCCCCGCCCCAGACUGAGAGCGCCUCCCAGAGUGAGAUCAGGGCAGACAGUCAGAAGACGACGCCCCCAGGUAUCCAGGGAGGCUUCGGAGCGACCCCAGAGGCGACAGCGCCGUGUGAGGGCCAGGAAGACCUCUCCUUGGUUGGGGGCGAUGGGGACACGGGCCUCGCAGGGCCUCCUCCUCCUCCUACUCUUCCUCCCGCUGCUACGGCCACGCGGGGCCUCAGCGGGGAGCCUGCAUAGCCCAGGCCUGUCCGAGUGCUUCCAGGUGAAUGGCGCCGACUACCGCGGUUACCAGAACCGCACGGGCCCACGCGGGGCAGGCCGGCCGUGCCUCUUCUGGGAUCAGACGCAGCAGCACAGUUACAGCAGCGCCAGCGACCCCCAGGGCCGCUGGGGGCUGGGCGCGCACAACUUCUGCCGUAACCCAGACGGUGACGUGCAGCCAUGGUGCUACGUGGCCGAGACGGAGGAGGGCAUCUACUGGCGCUACUGCGAUAUCCCCACGUGUCAUAUGCCUGGGUACCUGGGCUGCUUCGUGGACUCGGGGGCACCCCCGGCCCUCAGCGGCCCCAGCGGCACCUCAACAAAGCUCACAGUCCAAGUUUGCCUUCGCUUCUGCCGCAUGAAGGGCUACCAGUUGGCGGGCGUGGAAGCUGGCUAUGCCUGUUUCUGUGGCUCUGAAAGCGACCUGGCCCGGGGACGCCCGGCCCCGGCCACCGACUGUGACCAGAUCUGCUUCGGUCACCCGGGCCAGCUGUGCGGCGGCGAUGGGCGACUAGGCAUCUACGAAGUGUCCGUAGGCUCCUGCCAGGGAAACUGGACAGCACCUCAGGGCGUCAUCUACUCCCCGGACUUCCCAGACGAGUACGGGCCAGACCGGAACUGCAGCUGGGCUCUGGGCCCGCCGGGCGCCGCUCUGGAACUCACCUUCCCCUGCCUCACCCCCCUCUCUGCAGGACUGCAGGACGUCGACGACUACCCGGCUCCCUCCAAGGGCUCGGCCCAGACCCCUGAAGCAUCCCUCGACGGGGCCAACGUGAGCUGCAGCCCCCGGCCUGGGGCUCCGGAGGCCGCGACUGGAGCCCGGGUCUUCUCGACGGUGACGGCCAUUUCAGUGAUGCUGUUGCUGCUGCUGUCCCUACUGCGCCUGCUGCGCCGACGGAGCUGCCUGCUGGCUCCAGGUAAAGGACCCCCAGCCUUGGGGCCUUCCCGGAGCUUGGCGAGAAGUUGGGCCGUUUGGUAUCGCCGGCCUCGAGGGGUGGCCCUGCCCUGUCCUCCCGGGGACCCCCAGGUUGAGAGUCUAGCUGCGAGUUACCGGCCUCUGAGUGCCUCCAGCCAGAGUUCUCUGCGCUCACUCAUCUCUGCUCUCUGACUUGGGAUUCCUAGGGUCCAGUGGACCCUUCUACAGUGUGAUGGACUCCUGAAACCCUAUGCCAUACUUUGUCUACCUUGGCCUUCCGCCCUUUUGAGGGCAGUUCGCCCUCUAGUCACCUCGGGGAGGCCAGACGUGGGACAGAAAGCAUCUGGUGCUAUUUUGGGAACUUGGCGUGACCCUCGGGGUCCAGAUGGUCCAGGCCAAAGGGCAAGAGGAAUCCGGCUCCCCUCCUCAUAGACCUGGAUACAGGGGUCUUUGAGCCCCUCUUGGGGUGAUCCUGGACUGCUGCCCACAGUGAAAUGUGAGAGGUCAACAAAAAUGGUCAAAAGACCAGCCAUAGACUUUGAAUAAAGGACGUAUUUUGGUACA